UGUUAAGACCUCUUCACCUCCACCUUUUUCAGAGCAUCUGAAGAAGUGCAGAAGGMAGCAGAAGGCUCUCUGUGAGCUCCCAGCUCCAGGUAACCACCAUGGAUACUUGCAGRGUACCCGAAAACGCCUCCAAGUGCAGCGGGAACACCAUGGAGUGCUUCAUGGUGCUCAGCACGCAGACACAGAAGAUAAGCAUYGGCAUCCUGUGCGGCCUCUUUGGGACAAUGUGCGUUUUUGAGAACUCCUUGGUGCUCUACCUGAUUUUYUCUUCCCCCGGGACCAGGAAAAAGCCUUCCUACCUCUUCAUCGGCAGCCUGGCCCUGGCUGACAUCCUGGCCAGCAUCAUCUUUGUCUGCAGCUUCGUUAACUUCCACGUGUUUAACGACACCGGUUUCUCCAAGGAAAUGUUCCUGCUGCAGCUGGGAGGGGUGAACACAUCCUUCUGUGCCUCCCUCAGCAGCCUGCURCUCACAGCCCUGGACCGCUACCUCUCCAUCAGCCGGCCCUCGGAAUACAAGCUCCUGAUGACCAGGAAAAGAGCCUGGACAGCACUGGCAGCACUCUGGCUCACCUGUGCCACCAUUGCUUACCUGCCCCUCCUGGGCUGGAAUUGCUGCGUGCUGGAUUCCACCUGCUCCGAGCUUUUCCCCUUUGUGGAUGACAAUUACCUGUCGGGCUGGAUCUGCUUCAUCGUGGUCCUGCUGGGCUGCAUCAUCUACGCCUACGCCCAUGUGCUCUGGAGGGCUCGGCAGCACGUGGCCUACAUGGAGAAGCAGCAGGCACAAGCAGGGAAGCAGAACAGCAGGAUGAGGAUGGACGUGAUGCUGGCCAAGACUCUGGUSAUGGUGCUGGCUGUCCUCAUGCUCUGCUGGUCCCCAGUCCUGGUGCUCAUGAUCUACAGCAUUUUCAGCAAGCUGAGCGCUCACCUGCGCAAGGUGUUCGCCUUCUGCAGCACCCUSUGCCUGCUCAACUCCAUGGUGAACCCCAUCAUUUACGCCCUGAGGAGCAAGGAGCUGUUCUCCUCCCUCAGGAGGGUGGUYUCUCGCUUCAGGAGGCAGCUGAAGGUCUCUGAGGAGAGCCCAGAAGCAGAGAGCACCCACAARUCCUCCGUGAUUGAGACUGUCUGCGAGGACACGCACACGAUUGGUUAUUCCCCGGUUCCCCGCGAUGGGUCGGGGUGCAGAUUCGAACCCGUGACCCUCAGGGUUUCGAACCCGGCUCCCUCAGGAGCGGCGGCGGUGACGUCACGCGGCGAUGGCGGCGUUCUGAGGGCCGCGAUGGCGGCGAUGGCGGCGCUCUGUGUGCUCUGUGUUCUGUGUGUGGCGGCCGCGCUGGGUCCGGCUCUGGCCGCGCACCGCUACCGCCCGGACUGGGCCAGCCUGGACGCGCGGCCGCUGCCGGCCUGGUUCGACCGGGCCAAGGUGGGGGUGUUCGUGCACUGGGGGGUGUUCUCCGUGCCGGCCUGGGGCUCCGAGUGGUUCUGGUGGGACUGGCAGGGCCUGCACGAUGCCGCCUACGAGAACUUCGUGCGCCGCCGCUUCCCGCCCGGCACCACCUACGCAGAUUUCGCUCCCCGCUUCACCGCCCACGAUUUCCAGCCCCGCCAGUGGGCACAGCUCUUCCAGCGGGCUGGGGCCAGGUACGUGGUCCUGACCACCAAGCACCAUGAGGGCUUCACCAACUGGGGGUCACCGGUGUCGUGGAACUGGAAUUCUGUGGAUACAGGACCCCACCGAGACCUGGUGGGAGAGCUGGGAGAAGCCCUCAGGGAGAGCAAUCUGCGUUAUGGGCUGUAUCACUCCCUGAUGGAGUGGUUUAACCCCCUCUACCUCGCCGACAAAGAAAAUCACUUCAAAACCCAGAGCUUUGUUUCAAAGAAGAUGAUGCCAGAACUUUAUGAUCUUGUCUUAAAAUACAAACCAGAUCUGAUUUGGUCAGAUGGAGACUGGGAAGCUCCAGAUUCCUACUGGAAUUCCACCUCUUUCCUUGCCUGGCUCUAUAACGACAGCCCUGUCAAGGACACUGUGGUUGUCAACGAUCGCUGGGGCCAGGGCUGCUCCUGCCAUCACGGGGGUUUCUACAACUGUGCUGACAAGUACAGGCCAGGAACUCUGCCAGGACACAAGUGGGAGAUGUGCUCCUCCCUGGACAAGCUCUCCUGGGGCUAUCGCAGCAACAUGAACCUGGCUGAGGUGAUGGAUGAAAUGAGUAUGAUUGAGGAGCUGGUGCAGACUGUGAGUUUGGGUGGCAACUACCUCCUGAAUGUGGGGCCUACAAAAGAAGGGGUGAUUGUCCCCAUMUUCCAAGAAAGACUCCUGGCCCUUGGGAGGUGGCUGGACACCAAUGGGGAGGCAAUUUAUGAAUCCCAGCCUUGGAGGGUGCAGAUGGAGAACACCACAGACACUGUCUGGUACACCUCCAAUGGACCAGUGGUCUAUGCCAUCUUCCUGCUCUGGCCUMGGGACAGUGUCCUGCAGCUCUCCUCACCCAUUCCAUCCCCACGCACACAGGUGACACUGUUGGGGCUUGCUGGGACUCUGGAAUGGCAAAUAGUCCCAGGGAAAGGGAUGCUCAUAACCCUGCCCUCCGUGCUCCCAUCUCCUCUCCCUCAGUCUGGCUGGACUGUGAAGCUUGAGGAUGUGAAGUGAUACCUGUGGGGGGGACACAGCAUCUCCCACUGCCUUUCUUUUUGAUUGAAUCCAAGAGGAUUUUUAUUUUUCAUGUUGAAUACAUUAUUUUUCACUCGA